UCAAAAUACUCGUAAUCAACAAACAAACUCGUCACAGAACAACUUGUGCCAAAGACAAAGUUCUGGCCGUGUAUUGGUAGAAUCUAAACAAAACCAAAGUGAAGCACAAAAGUGUUAUAAUUGUGACCAGGGGGGUCAUAUUUCUUGGAAUUGCUCAAAGAAAAUAGGACCCAAGAAAGGUGAUGAUCUAAAUAACAAGAGGAAAGGUGUUGAAAAGGAAAAUGUGAACAUAAGUAGUGCUGAUGUUAGGUAUUUCAAAGCAUCAGAAACUUCAUGCAAUGAAAAAGAAUAUUUAAGAAUCAAAAUAGCAAAAGAAGAGACAAUUUUUGACCUAAGAAAUUAUAAUCUACAAAAAUGUAAAAGUCCUGAAAUGGAGGUUGGUUAUCAGGCACGUGAUAAGAGGAAUAAGAUUAAUGAAAGCUCAAAUGAACAAAU